AGUCAUCAAGCAAAUUUCGGUUGAUUUGGCUCAGACUGACUCUUUGAAAGCUCUAAAAAGUAAGCAAAAAAUUCAAGUAGGUACGUAAUUUGAAAUAAAAAACUCAGAAAACAUUAUUUCUAUCCAUUUCAAACAACUAUUUUUUUUUUGAAUUUGGAAAAACAUCAAAAUUCUAAAACGUUGGGCUUUUGCCACAUGUGCAAAAUAUUGACCCGAAAACUUUAAUUCUAUUUCACGUCUACCAAAAGCAAUUCACAAAAACGUUUCGCUUCGUAAGCUACAUUUCAAAAAAAAAAACAAGCAUCAAUCCAUCCAAGUGAAAACCUAUCCAUAAAUCAUGAUCAUCUACUUAUUUGAUCGAUCGUAUUCAAUGAUCAACGAAAGAUGAACUCAGAAAUGAACCAAGAAAGAGAUUAAAUGAAAAAAGUGCUCUUGAUGGGAUUGAAAUGUUGGCUUGGCACUCAUUCAACCCAAUGAAAAAUUUCUUCAAGCAACAGAAAAAAAUUAAAAAUAAUACAAGCUGACGUACACUUUCAACUACCUACGUAAGCUCCAUUAGGACUGAAUUGCUGUGUUAGUACAUAUCUUUUUUAUCAAACAGCAGGCAUAUUUUUUUACUCGUAUUUUAUCAGUUUUUUUUCAUGUAGGAAAAAUACAGAAGUGAUAACAUUAAAAAUCGCGUUUGUGACUUUGGAUUUUUUAGGAAGUUGACAUGACCAAAUUUUUGCGAACAGAUUCAUACCUAAACCUACACCUCGUUGAGUAGAUGGCAAAAGUUUCCGAUGGAAAUAUUCUUUCUUGGAAAUUCGCUGAAAUCAACUUGACGUCGAAAAAUGGAGAAAAACGGCAUCAAUGGAAUUGGAAAGGACGUUUCAUCCCAACUCUUGAAAACUAGUCAAGGUUCUAGAAAAAUAAGUCGAGUAUCUCAAAAACUUGUACCAGCCACUUCGUUAUGGUUUUCGAAACGAUUGCUGGUAGCUAUUGUGCUAUUUAUGUGUUUCGUUAAUUUCCAAGUGUUGAGAAACAAUAUGAAUAUCACUGUGGUCGAGAUGACCAAAAAUAAGACACAUAAAGAAGGAAAUAUUACAAUCACGCAGCCUCCAGAAUUCAACUGGGAUACGAAAACCAUUGGUUUUGUUUUAAGCAUACUAUCGUAUGGAGGUUUGCUAUCAUUUUUGGGCACGUUUCCAGUGAACUGGUUUGGAGGAUCGGUUACCUGUUCCGUGUGUAUGUUGGUAUCUGGUAUCCUGACCAUACUUCAUCCGGCCAUAUUGUACAUCGAUUUUCAGCUCUUUUUGGCGUGUCGUAUACUGACCGGAGUUUUCGAGAAUUUCUUUUACAUCAGCACCACGGAAAUAUUUUCACGUUGGAUACCGAAAGAAGAACGAUCAACUUUGAUAUCCUUCAGUUUCAACGGCACAAAUGUUGGUCUAGCAUUGACUUAUCCGAUGUGCGGAUAUUUAGCUCACAUAUGGGGAUGGCAGAUGGUAUUUUACGUCACAGGAAUUAUAUCAGUGGUGGUGGCAGUGAUUUGUAUGAUCACGGUGAAAAAUAAACCUUCUCAGGACACAUGGAUUUCGAGAAACGAACGCUUAUAUAUUCUUCAAGAAACCGAUCACGAAGCAAGAAUGGAAAGCAAAAGCCAUCCGUAUAAAAGUAUCCUGUUAUCAACACCUGUUUGGGCUCUAUGCAUCAAUAUUUUUACUUUUAUUUGGGUCGCAAGUAUUUUGGGAACAUGUUUACCUCUAUAUAUUCAAGAUUCGACUGGUAAGGAAACAGACGAAAUAGGGCUCAUAUCUUGUAUUCCGAACGCUGUUUACAUUUUCAUGUUCCCUAUUUGUGGAAUGUUCAUGGAUUAUUGGAAGAACAACAGUGGUGUUACAUUGACGAGGAUACAUAAAACGUUAAUCAGCACAGCUUUCAUCGUAGCCAGCGUGCUUUUCGUGGGCGCAGCUUUUAUAACUGAUUUCACCACUACUCUUACUUUCUUCAUUUCGAUACAAAUCAUCAUGGCAUUCGUGCCUUUAAUUUUACAGAUUGUCAGUGUUGCUUUAGCUCCCGACCAUUCGAGUGUCAUAGCAGGCAUGACGACGUUUAGUUUCUCCGCAAGUUCCAUAAUUUCUCAAACAGUGACAGGGUUUAUGAUAAAGAAUCACACUGCGCAAGAAUGGAAUUACUGCUUUUACUUGGCGGCUGCUAUGUCGGUAUUAGGAGCAGUGGUAUUUUUACUGUAUGGAUCUAGCGAACCUCAACUGUGGUCUUCGUUGGCUUUCGUUGAAGAAGAUUAUUAUUUGAAUGAAUUGGACGAGAAGAAAUAAUUAAUACAUUCUUCGGAUUUAAAAUUUCAUAAUUUGUAUUUCAGGGGAAAAAAUGAAUACAGUAAGAUGAUUUUAAAAGUAUCGUCGUCGUCGUGGUUCCUUGUCCUUUACAGGACAUUGGAAAUCGCAUUUUUGUGGUACCCUAACAGGGUGGAGGCGAAUGCCUAUUGCCACUGCGAUUAUUCUGGGGAAUCGACGUUGUUUCGAGCUUCCACUAGUAGUUUCCCGUUGCUUUCUAGUGACAUCUACACAAGCACCUUGGAGCUAGCCGGGUAGUUUAGAGACCCUGAGCUCCUCAGUGUUGACCUCUAUAGACGCUCGAACCAGUUUCAGCUUUUUGAUUCUGCUAACAGAUGGCGUGCAUUAUCUGUUAGCUCGGCUAAACUGGUAGUCCCCCGGUACUUGGCAUUAUAGGGAAAAUGUGUUCGUAAUGGAAAUAAAUUCGCUGAAAAUUUUUCAAAGACAUGAAAACUGAACCAGGCUGCAAAUUGGCUCAGUACGUAUUUAAUUCCUAUUUUAAAAUAUUUAGUAGGUGGAGGCAAAAAUCUCUGUCUUAAUUCAUUCCAGUGGGUAGCUGUUGCAUUAUGAUUUUGAAGUUCAACACUCAAAUAAAAUAAUUUUCAAAAUGAU